AUGGGGGGCAAGCAAAGUACGGCAGGGCGGCCACGGGGUGCUUUUCCCGGUGUCUCGACGGAUGACAGCGCAGUGCCGCCCUCGGCUCCCUUUGGGCACUACCGACCGAGUGGCACUAUGGGGCUACGCAGCCGCUCAGUGAGUUCAGUGGCUGGGAUGGGCAUAGAACAUAGUCCUGCGGUGCCCUUUGGGUUUUAUACCCCCAGAGGAACUGACUCGGACAGGGCGGGAGGGGGGUCUGGCACUAACGCUGCCCAUGGUAACGGCUACCAGGAAACAGGCGGCGGGCAUCACACGGACGGUAUGCUCUAUCUGGGAUCCCGAGGGUCGUUGGCAGACACCUUGCCCCUGCACAUUGCACCCCGGUGGUUUAGCGCCCACAGUGGGUUCAAGUGUCCUGUCUGCUCCAAGUCUGUGGCGUCCAAUGAGAUGGAGGUGCACUUCAUCAUGUGUCUAAGCAAGCCCCGCCUGUCCUAUAAUGAUGACGUGCUAGCAAGGGAUGCCGGGGAAUGUGUGAUCUGUCUGGAGGAGCUGCAGCAAGGAGACACCAUCGCCAGACUGCCUUGUCUCUGCAUCUAUCACAAAAGCUGUAUAGACUCCUGGUUUGAGAUUAAUCGGUCCUGCCCUGAGCAUCCUUCAGACUGA